GCGAGGAGUAUUAUCGAUUCGCCGGGGCUCGUGAGUUAACGGUUUGUUUACACGAGCACAGCUACGGGUAGGGAGCGGCGGAGGGCUGGCGGGGAGCGAUGCGCGCGAUGCGCGCAUGCGUCGCACGGCCAAAACAAUAAUAACAGAGUAGAAGCAGAAGGUUCAUGGCUGGCGGACGAACGGACGGUCGCUCGUUCUUCGCGUCUCGACGCGAAUUCUCGUCGAAGCUUGUCGAUUGAAAGUCCGCGCGCGCGUGUCACGACGAAGAGUCGACUCGCCGUCGUCGUCCGUCGUCACCGUAGAGUAUUGUCCGUCGGCAGAAACGAGAGAAAACGCGCGCGCACACACAGUCAGACGGACGUUUCGUACCGCGUAUAUACAUUCCAAAGCGGCGCGAUUCGGCCGGUGCCUCAAGAAGAGCAAGAAGUCACUCGCGUGGGAUUGUCUCGGGACGGAGUGUCGCGACUACCUCGUAAUCGUCAUAAAGGCAAGUUCCAGCACUUUGUUAAUAUUCGACUCGAGUGUAUCUCAAGUCUUCAUGCCGCUCGGCAUUUCUCAAGAAACUUUUGUCGGAGCAAGAAUCACCGCGGCAGGUUUCGCAAAAUCGUUACGGAAUUGUGAUCUACCUCGAAGUAAAUAGGCGAGAGGAAGAGGAGGGGAGGAGAGAGAGAGAGAGAGAGAGAGAGAGAGAGAGAGACAGUGAGAGAACUGAGAAAGAGAAAAAAAGAAAAAAAAAGUUACGGACAAUAGACUGAUAUUUGAUUCGAAAUCCAUGAGUGCGCAAGGUGUUUUGUCUCGUCAUAACUGAGUCACCGUUCGUUUCGUGUCUCGAUUCUCUUUCUCACCUCCACGUUACAUCAUCGUCAGAGUGAAGUGCGUGUAACGGGUGUGCGUACAUUGUGUAACUCGCGAUCACCGACUAGUCGAAGACAGAGAGAGAGAGAGAGAGACAGAGAGAGAGAGAGAGAGAGAGAGAGAGAGAGCAAGAAAGAGGGGGAAAAAGAGCGCGAGACAUUCGGACACCGUGUGUACGUUCGAUCGCAGCUCGGAAGCAAAACAAUGCGCUGCUGGUGUAGCGCAUAGUCGGUGUGCCCCGUAUGUGUGUGCGGCCGUGUACGUGAAUGUACGUAUACGUGUACCUGCCUGCAGCUGCCGCGCGGGCGCGCUCGUGUGUGUUUGUUUAUGCGCGCGGCUAGCAGUCGCACGCUCGUACUCGCGCGGCAUUCAUUCAACAGUCAGCCGCGAUUCUACGCGCGACUCUCCCGUAGUGUGGUCGUUGUCAUCAUCGUCGUCGUCGUCGUCGUCGUCGUCGUCGUCGUCGGUCGUCGGUCGUCGGUCGUCGUCGUCAUCAUCAUCAUCAUCAUCUCGGCCGUUUCGAAAGGAACGAGCGGAGCCGAAAGCGCACGAAGCGAAGAGGACGCGGCGAGGGUAAUCGCCGCGCGUAUUUGGCCAGUGAAUCACGCUCAACCCGUUUGAUUACGACACGGACGCGCCUCACCGGAUACACGUAUAUACAUACAUAUACAUAUAUAUAUACAUAUAUACAUAUUAUACGCGCACGCGCGCGUACGUGUUGUAUUGUUGUGACGUGUCCUCGUGCGCCGCGACGACGUGCGGAACGAGAGAGCUGCUCACGGAACGAGACGGGACGUGACGAGAGGAGAGGAGAGGAGAGGAGAGGAGAGAAGAGGAGAGGAAAGAGCGAGAGAUCGGCGGCUAGCUCUAUAAUUAUCGCUCGCGCGGAUCAGAGAACGCGACCGCGAUAUCCUUCCGUCGUGGGAAAAAGAAGGAUAUCGCGCGCGCCAACCGUCCAAGUUUCCUCGUUCGAGGGAGAACGUCGCUCGGUUUUGUUUUUCUUUUCCAUUCGAUUUCCAUCCAACGGUCUCGUUCUCUCGGGAGAAAACACACACACACACAGGCUGCGCCUAUUCUCUCUACCUGUAUGGGUAUUGUAUUGCCGGAGAACCGUCUACCGAAAGUAAACACCGGCGAUAGAUAAAGGCGCAACAACGGUAGUGCGGGAAAAGAGGCCGCGAGAGAAAAACAGCCGGCAACGUCCUAGAGGCUGGAGAAGAAGGGACCACGACAAAAUAUCGCGAGAGAAUCCGAGACUCUUUGUUUCCUCCCGUUUUCCAGCAGACGCGCUUCUGCCGGUGAGCGCUUCGGCCGUUCCGUUCGUUUGUGUUUUCCGCGACAGCGACUCCUCCCCAGGAUGCCGAGCGCCGAGGAAACGACCUAUCAUCUGAUCAGCGUGCCGAUGCCGGACGGGGCACAGGCGGACGCCUUUCUGGCGCGCGACGUCGACCUCUUGGUUUCGCAGAUCAAGGAGAAUUUACGACUGUCCAGUCUGAAGGCCAAGUCCAGCAUCAGCCACAAGAACAGCCGACCGUCGCCGUAUCGAGUGCCGGCGCGUUCCUGGGCUGACCCAGCCGCUGGCUGCGAGAUCUGCGGCCUGCGUCCCAAUCAGCAACAGCAUCACAUGGCCGGUCAUCCUCAUCACCACCAUCACCAUCAUCAUCACCACCACCACCAUCAUCAUCAUCACCAUCACCACCACCACCAUCACAACCAGCAAAAGAGGAGCGAGAGGAACAGGGUGGACGACGACCCGUACGAGGUUCUGCAGGAGCUGCUGCGCGAAGGCGGCCUCAUCAAAGAGGCCGUGAAGAGGCUGCAGGCGAAUCUCGACGAGCUGUCGAGCUCGGAGGUGGAGGAGGACGAGGAGGUGGUGGUCGACGACGAGGAUGACGAGCGGAGGACCAGCGGCUGUUACCGCAGGAAACCAUAUUUCUACGAUUCCGAGGACGAGCCGUUACCACCGAUGUACGAACCGCUGGAACUGUGAGGGCCACGGCUGCAGCGUCAUUUAAGCGGAAGUAUCUAACACGGACCCUAACACUACACCCGUCUCUUGGAUUCUCUUCACGAGCGACCGCGGUCUCUUCUCCCCGGGGGACAGUUCUUGCUUCACAAUAACGAUGAUCUCUGUCGCCUUUAUGCGGAGGCGAGGACGGCUUAUUGUUCUCGAUAUCGGGCCACGCCGGAGUUCCUUCAAAAGGGGAUAAGGAAUUUAUUCCGUAAAAAGGUUUUCCUUUCCUGUGUAUAAGCGCGCGCGCGCGUGUGAGAGAGAGAGAGAGAGAGAGAGAGAGAGAGAGAGAGAGAGAGAGA